AUACAGUAUAUUUAAUAAAUGAUCCUUCUUUCAGAACUUUCAAAGUCAAGUUUGUUACUUUGUACAAUUUGUGACCUUAUUGCCUCACAGUCUUUCAGAAUCAUAGUGAGUUCUGGCUGAGGUUCCAGGUGAGGUAGUAAACAUUCCACACAGAGGGGUCUACCGCCAAGUCAGUGGGGCCGUACCACCACCAGCACCACCAGCACCACCAGCACCACCACCUCCACCACCUCCACUGCUGCCACUACCAGUGCUGCCCAGGUUGGAGGAACAGAGACUGGAGAGAGGUGGUAGAGAGCAAAGGAAGGUAGCAAUUCCAAAGGAAUAUGGACAUUAAUAAUGCUUUCAGAAUGUUUUGGAAACCUAGGCAACUGACUAUGAGAAAACCGACAAGUGAUUCAGAUGAGGAAGUCCCGCUUUCAUGGAGGAGAAAGUAUUUUAGGAAGAAGAGGAGACCCUCAAAAGACUCUGAAAACCACAAGGACCAGGACAAUACGCAGACAGUCACAUUCCCCUGUUCCAUAUGCAACCAUGAAAUUGACCUGCCUAGAAUUUUCUUCCAUAAAAAGCAGCACGUGGCCCUGGCCAUGCUGGGCUUUCAGUGGAUGGGCGGAAAGAAGCCGGGGCUCUCAGUGAUUGCCACUCAGAGACAGUCCAUCAUCGCUAAGCUGUUGUCAUCUUCUGCAUUCACUGAAAAGACCUUACAAAGCAUUAAUAGUGCUUUCGAGCUACUCCGGAAGAAGCAGAUACCAUCAUACUAUAAGAUAAUUGACAACAUUCCCAAGAGUUCCACAUACUCUCAGAAAAUCUGCCACCUAUUAAUUAAAGGAGUAGCCAUCUGUGAAGACAGGAAUUCUAUGUGGAGGGUUGACAUGAACGAUAAAUUCACGAUAGUGAAUAAUUUUGGCAACAAGCCCAACGUGUGUUUUUUUGGUUUGUUUGAUGGCCAUCACGGGGCCUCAGCAGCAGACCUGACAUCCGUGGAAUUCCCAGUUUUACUUCUCCAUCAGCUCUCCACACUUGAUCCUUCCUACCAAAUGACCUCUGACGAGCAAAGCAUAAUCGAUUCCUUUCACACAGUGUUCAGGGAAGACUACACGGCUGUAGAAGACCUCUUCUCCAGAAAGAGAAAGACAAGAGAGUUGAAAGGGGAGUAUGAGAAGAUACACAAAGCCUUUGCAAAAGUGUUUUGGAGGAUGGACAGGCUUUUACGUCUCGGGAGGAAAGAAGCCUCCAGGGUUCGAUGGAGUGGCUGUUCUGCGGUGACUUGUCUGUUGGAAGGCAACGUUAAAAAUCCCUAUGCUGAGAGGAGUUGGAGAAGGAUGGGCGGCCAUGAUGGUUUGGCAGACAGGUUCCCUUCCCAGGAGAUGCCACAAGUCAUUUCCGGAGUACUACACAUUGCAAACACGGGUAACGUGCAAGCAGUCUUAUGCAGAAAUGGAAAAGGCUUUUGCCUAACCAAAGAACACACCAUGCAAAACAUAAAUGAAAGAAGAAGAGUACUUCAGAACGGAGCAGUAAGUAGCUCAAAUGAACCGUAUGGGCUUGUAGAAGAGCAAAUAAAAACCACACGAGGACUUGGGUUUCAUGGAAAUCCCAAACUGAAAAAAUUCAUUAUCCCAGCACCUCAAACUAUUUCUGUCCCUAUCGAUGACUUAUGUCAAUUCCUUAUCUUAGCUACCAAUGGGCUCUGGGAAGUUCUGGAUAUAAAGGAAGCCACUGCACUGACAGUGACAGCAUUUCACGUGUAUACAGAAACACGUUCUACCACAGGAAACAAACUGUCAACAUCCACGGGGCCCCUGCUUUCCCCAAUCAACGAACAAAACGCAUCUAAAUCAGAAACCAAUAUCCACAUAGUAUUUCAGAGCAAAUCUGAAUUUGAAGAAUGUGUGUCAACUACAAAUUCAAAAGAAAGGUCGGACUCAAAAGAUUCUGAACAUUUCACUUGUAACCCUGGUCCCUGCAGUGAGAAAGAAACUGAUGAACCAACCAGCAUGGACAGUGUGCCAAAAGAUGCAAGUGACAAAGAAAAAAAAUCUUACCGUAAGAGUUUCUACGAAGGAGCUGCUGAGUACAUUAGCCGUGAACUUGUGAACGCUGCUUUAGCGGCUGGCUCCAGAGACAACAUUACAGUUAUGGUAAUACUGCUCAGCGGAAGUGAGUAUCAGUUUCAAAUGUAAAAGUUAAAGUUUAGAUUAUCCAGAGAACAGAAACAUGAAGACAGUUCUUCAAUGAACCAGAUACUAAGACAAUACAUCAAUAU